AUGAAUGAUCAAGAAGCAGACACCACAAACUUUGAAGAUUUUCAAGACGAUAAUGAUAUGGAUGUGGAUAUUACUAAUGAUUUGGAAUUCGCUGAUAAUGAACCGUUGGAAGGAGUUUAUUGGAAUGAUGAAGAAGAAUUGUUAUUCGAUACUAUUAAUGAAGAAAUAAUUGAUAAUUGGACAGAAGAUGUUAAUCAGUCAGAUGUUGAUACCAUUCCUGAUCAAGAAAUGAUUAUUUAUCUUUUGAAAAAAUGUCGUGGUUUAAUCUCAACAGUUAAACAUUUCACGAUUAUUACAUUAUUUUUUGAUAAUGAACGGAAAAAACUAAAAAUUAAACGAAAUUUAUGUCAUGACGUGAAGUCUCGUUGGAAUAGUGUGUAUAAUAUGAUUGACUCACUAUUAUUUCUUCGUGAAGUUAUUGAAAAAUUAUUUGAUUAUAAACAUCAUCUACAUUUAAAACCAAAACAACGUAUGAAUUUAACUCGUUAUGAAUUGACAAAUGAUGAAUGGAAUGGUUGGCCGUCAUAA